CCAGCGGGUCCUGUAAACGAACUGAGGCGGAGAAAGGGCGCGGAACUGGAAGAGGGUGAGUCAGGCACUGUCUACGCGAUAAAGGGAGGCGGCACCGCGGCUCAGGGCUGAGUUGAGUAAGUGCGGCCCCUGCAGUCUAGUCAGGGACGCCGCGAUCUAGCGCCUUCGAAAAGAGGGCGAGGAGGAGCCAGAGCCCGGUCCUUGCACCCAUUCUCGCCCUCGUACCCCGCCGCCAUCUCCACCAUGCAGUCCCGGGAAGAAGCUCCGCGCUCUCGCCGCCUGGCCAGUCCCCGCGGCGGGAGGCGACCCAAGAGAAUUUCCAAGCCUUCUGUUUCAGCUUUUUUCACGGGCCCGGAGGAGCUGAAGGACACGGCUCAUUCUGCAGCCCUCCUGGCACAGCUGAAGUCCUUCUACGACGCGCGGCUGUUAUGUGAUGUGACCAUCGAGGUGGUGACACCUGGCAGCGGGCCUGGAACCGGCCGCCUUUUUUCCUGCAACCGUAACGUGCUGGCUGCCGCGUGUCCCUACUUCAAGAGCAUGUUCACCGGUGGCAUGUACGAGAGCCACCAGGCAAACGUGACUAUGCAUGAUGUGGAUGCCGAGUCCUUCGAGGUGCUGGUCGACUACUGCUACACGGGUCGCGUGUCGCUGAGUGAGGCCAACGUGCAACGUCUUUACGCGGCCUCUGACAUGUUGCAGCUCGAAUAUGUGCGGGAAGCCUGUGCCUCCUUCCUAGCCCGCCGCCUUGACCUGGCCAACUGCACUGCUAUCCUCAAGUUUGCCGACGCCUUCGACCAUCACAAGCUGCGAUCGCAGGCCCAGUCCUUUAUAGCCCACAAUUUUAAGCAACUCAGCCGGAUGGGUUCAGUAAGGGAGGAGAGUCUGGCAGAUCUGAGCUUGGCCCAGCUGCUGGCUGUCCUGCGUCUGGAUAGUCUGGACAUCGAGAGUGAGCGGACUGUGUGUCAUGUGGCCGUGCAGUGGUUGGAGGCGGCUCCCAAGGAGCGGGGCCCCAGCGCUGCGGAGGUCUUCAAGUGUGUCCGCUGGACACACUUCAGAGAUGAAGAUCGGGAUUACUUGGAAGGGCUGCUGACCAAGCCCAUAGUGAAGAAGUACUGUCUAGACCUUAUUGAAGGGGCCCUGCAGAUGCACUAUGGUGACAAGUUGUGCAAGUCUCUGGUCCCGAAGCCAGAUAGCAGCAACAGCUCUGUUGUACCCACAGCAGAAAAUCCCCCCCAGAGACUGGGUAUGUGUGCCAAGGAGAUGGUGGUCUUCUUUGGACAUCCUAGAGAUCCCUUUCUCUGCUAUGACCCAUACUCAGGGGACAUUUACACAAUGCCAUCUCCUUUAACCAGCUUGGCUCACACUAAGACUAUCACCUCCUCAGCUGUCUGUGUCUCUCCAGACCAUGACAUCUACCUGGCCGCUCAGCCCAGGAAGGACCUCUGGGUGUACAAGCCAGCCCAGAAUAGCUGGCAGCAGCUUGCCGACCGCCUGCUGUGCCGGGAGGGCAUGGAUGUGGCCUACCUCAAUGGCUACAUCUACAUCUUGGGUGGGCGAGACCCUAUUACUGGAGUCAAACUGAAGGAAGUGGAAUGCUACAGUGUCCAGAGAAACCAGUGGGCGCUGGUGGCUCCUGUACCCCAUUCCUUCUAUUCCUUUGAACUAAUAGUGGUUCAGAACUAUCUUUAUGCUGUGAACAGUAAGCGCAUGCUCUACUACGAUCCUAGCCACAAUACGUGGCUGAACUGUGCUUCUCUUAAACGUAGUGACUUUCAGGAAGCCUGUGUCUUCAAUGAUGAGAUCUACUGCAUCUGUGACAUCCCAGUCAUGAAGGUCUAUAACCCAGCCAGGGGAGAAUGGAGGCGGAUUAGUAAUAUUCCCUUGGACUCAGAGACCCACAACUAUCAGAUUGUCAAUCAUGGCCAAAAGUUGCUUCUCAUCACUUCCACCACCCCUCAGUGGAAAAAAAACCGGGUAACUGUUUAUGAAUAUGAUACUAGGGAAGACCAGUGGAUUAAUAUAGGUACCAUGUUAGGCCUUUUGCAGUUUGACUCUGGCUUUAUUUGCCUCUGUGCACGUGUUUAUCCUUCCUGCCUCGAACCUGGACAGAGUUUCAUCACUGAGGAAGAUGAUGCUCGAAGUGAGUCUAGCACUGAAUGGGACUUAGAUGGAUUCAGUGAACUGGACUCAGAGUCAGGAAGUUCAAGUUCUUUUUCUGAUGAUGAAGUCUGGGUGCAGGUAGCACCUCAGCGAAAUGCACAGGAUCAGCAGGGUUCUUUGUAAAUAUUUUGAAGCACUAAAAUGUUUCUACUACUAUGGAAUGUAUCUUAAAAAGAUUUCCUUUUCCUGAAAAGAAAAAUGUUGAUUAGGACUGCAGAUUUGGUUUAGAAAGGGUCAUGUUUGAAUUACUAAUGUAAUGUUACAGAAUUUAAAUAGUCCAUGAUUAUAAAUCAACCUAUAUGAUAAUUUACUGUGCUAAAAGUUGAGAUUAAAACAUGCAAAUAUGAACUAUUCUAGUUGAUUAGAAUGCUUGGUGGUUUUUUUCAUUGUUCAAAUAUUUGUUGCACCAGUGGAUUGUUUUGGUUAGUUAUGCCCUUUAUAUUUUGAUUUUCUACUUUAGCC